GUUUAAACUCGUUUUCUUCCAGACAUAAUAUAGCAUUACAACAUAAUGAAGACUUUUAUUUAAUUUCUUAGUCAGAGUGUCAGACAGACAUAGGGAGAAAAGAGAGAUGGAGAAACCAAGGUGGUGGUUGUUACUGUUACCUAGUAUUGUAUUGUUGAAUUUGGUGGGUCUUUGCAAGGCAAUCGAAUCGCCACAAUAUGCUGUGGUGCAUGCAGAACCAGAUUUCGAGGUGAGAUUGUAUGUGAAUUCCACAUGGAUGUCUGCUCCAGUUAAUGAACUCUCCUUUGAGAAAGCCACCUUGUUUGGCUUUCACAGGUUGUUUCAAUACAUCCAGGGUGCCAAUCUAAACUAUUCGAGGAUUGCAGUGACAGUUCCCGUAGUGACCAGCAUAGUUCCAGGAGCUGGGCCCUUCCGAUCAUCAGCCUAUGUUGUUCGGUUUUAUUUGCCUGUGAAACUCCAAGCUGACCCACCCGUCCCCCUUGAUGAAUUGCACCUGAAACCUUACGCAUGGAACAGUCAUUGCGUUGCUGUGAGGAAGUUCUCUGGGUAUGCGAAGGAUGAGAAUAUUGCAGAGGAAGCAAAAAGACUCGCUGACAGUUUGAGCAGGUCGCCAUGGGCCAACUUAAGUUCUACCGAGAGCAAUUAUUCCUAUUCUAUUGCUCAGUAUGAUUCUCCAUUCCAGUUUAUUGGUCGUACCAACGAAGUGUGGGCAGAUAUAAAAGUAUCCGGAGCAGAUGGCUGUAAUUCCAGUGCAAUAGCCUCUUACUGAACAAAAUAAAUCUAUCUUGACUGUAUGUGUUGGAAAUCUGUUUCUCUUAUGCCUAAAGGAUCAAGCACAAACAUAAUAAACCACUGUAGUUUCCUUAUUCUCAUAUAUAUUUCUCUCUUUGUGUGUAAAAACAUGUUUAUGUAUUCCAUUUCAGCUUGUAAGUUGAUACCAUAAUUAAGAACGUAAUGGAUUGUACUAUAUUUUAGCCUUUUAA